AUGCUGACGCUCCACUCGCUCUUGCACCUCCCUCCCGUACUCCUCGCUGGCCUCGUAGCACGCGCAUACGCAGCCCCCGAUGGCGUUAUCGGCGACGACAAGGGCGCGGACAGGCCUACCUACGCGACAGCUCUCACGGGUGGCGAGGGCUGCGACUUCUCCGAGAUUGAAGACAUCCGCGAUGGCUUCUCCGAGAUGACAAUUCUCUUCGCCGCCGCCACGCCCUUCGACCUCACAUCCCAACCCGCACGAGAGUUCUUCGGCCCCUCGAUAAACGCCAACUACACCGACAUGAUAGCCACGAACCUGCAACGCGCCGCCAACUUCGGCGUCCUGGAAGGAGGAACCGGCGCCGUAAACUCUGACAUCCACAUUCGCUGCGACGACCCCAUGGACCUCUGCGACAAAGGCAACAAGCGCGAAGGCGACCACGCCGCCUACAACAUCGGCAACGAACCACACAUCGUCUUCUGCUCCGACUACUUCCGCAUGGACUCGCUCAAUAAUCGUAUUAAUAAGAAAGCCGACAACCAAAUGGAGAAAGACCGGCUGAUGGAAUACUACAACCGCGCCUCCCUCUGGGCACGAAUGGUGAUGCACUUCGCCUCCAUCGGCACAGCCGUCGUCCAACGCCCCAUGCCCGCACCUCCCAACUCGACAUCCGAAUGGCUCAUCUCCGUCUCGGAAGGCGCAAUGAACACGUCCGUCCUCGCCGGCGUUCUCAACGAACAACCCGAAACGCCCACCGACUUCCAAACUCUCAAAUACGCAUACGGCGCCACGCGCUCGAAACUCCUCGCCGUCCUCUCCACGCAAAUGUCAUAUGAUGCGGCGAACAACGCGGAGAAUUAUGCGUUGUACGCGCUGGCGCAGUAUAUCAUUCAGAACAAAGGAUUCUAUCCUGCGGUUCCGAUUAUGGAUUUUCCGAAUGAGGCGAGUGUGCUUACGAAUGAGAACUUGCAGGAUGGCGAGAGAGUCAAGUAUGCGUAUUUCGAUGCUGUGGAUGUGGUGGCGAGACCGACGGAUAUGGAACUCAAGGGUGCGCCGUUGCCUUCGAAGGGUGCGGUGGUGAAUGCUAGAGGAGUGGGGAUUAUGGUUGUUGCGUUGGGGAUUGGAGCUACGCUUCUACUGGCGCCGUUCGGAUGA